AUGGAUUAAUACGGUGCUUGUAUUGAUGAAGAUACAUAUAAAUUAAUUUAUGGCGAUUUAGAAGGAGCCAAUUAUUAUGCUCAUAUAUUUUGCUUGAUAUAAGUAAUCGUUUUUGGUGUAGUUUUAUUAUGGCUGAUUUACAGAUUAAUUUAGAUAUUUAUUUGGUGCAAAUAAAAUAUGGAGAAUAUUUUCUUAAAUAAAUUUGUACACAUUCAUUCAUGUCUGAUAGCCUGUCAUCUACUUUUAAUCAUUAUAGAAUUACUAUUCUACACAAAUUAUUCACAAAUUAGCAAUUUUAAAGAAAAAAAUGAUAACUCACUAUGUUGUCAAUAUUAAGAUUGUGAUAAAAUAUAUAUUGGUGGAGAUUUUUACAAAUUUGCAUCUACUUAAGACCUACUCUACUACUUUUUAUUCUUCUUUUUUUGUUUUAGUAUAGUAUUAGCUUGCAUUUAUUGGUUUAAUAUUAUUUUUAAUAUAUCUAAUAUCUUAAUUCUUGUGCAAAUCUUGCUUGGAAGCUUAAUUUUUGUGUUUGCUUUUAUCUAUAAAAUUUUAAUGGAUUCUGCAAUGCAAGCACUUUAUAACGAGCCAGAUAAAAAUAAUAAUAAUUCGAAUAGUGAUAUAUUUAAAACAUUAGUAGAAAUUAAUUAUUACUUUUAUCAUUGUACAAUAAUAGGAAUAGUAUUUUUAAUAGGGAUUUUCUUUGUUGGAAGUAUUAUCAAAAUUAGGAAAAAUCUUGAAAAGAUAUAUAUGAUAUCACAUAAGUACAAAAUUAAGCUAAUAUCAGAAAAUGUUUCAAUUGCUAUUAUCACUUUAACAAAGCUUAUUUACCAUUUUCUUUGCUUGUUUAUUAAAGGAUAUACUGGCUAAUCAGUACUGAGCUACUUUUCAGGAUUUGAAAACAUUAUCUGUUAUGGUUUGAAUGGCUAUUUUUUAUCAAAGCUUUUCUUCCCAACAAGAUAAAUGAAAAUAGAUGCUCUUAAUACAUUUGAGUAAAACAUGGAAUAAGAUGAUGAGCAUUAAUACAUUUAAGAAGGUGGUAAUGCUAAAAAGUCAGACGAAAUAAGUUUCAUUAAUUAAAAAGGAGAUAUAAAAUAAGAAUGA